AAGAGCAACCUCUCAACUGAGCCUCCAUCACCGGCAGCCAAUCGCCCAGUCCAAUUCCAACCCAAGUAAGAGCAAGCAGCAUUAGCAUCCAGCAAUCCGAGAAGCUAGCUAGCUAGCAAGCAACAACCUCGCCCAUGGAGGCGCCGCUGCACCACUCGCCCGUGCCAAUGCCCGCACAGCACGACGAGGUCGGCGGCGCUGUCCUGCAGCAGGCGGCGGCGCAUCACGCGAUGAUGGUCCAGAAGCCGUCGCCGGCGGCGGGGGUGGCGCCAACGGGGCGGGAACAGUGCCCGCGGUGCGCGUCGCGGGACACCAAGUUCUGCUACUACAACAACUACAACACGGCGCAGCCGCGGCACUUCUGCCGCGCGUGCCGCCGCUACUGGACGCUCGGGGGCUCCCUCCGCAACGUCCCCAUCGGCGGCUCCACGCGCAAGCGCCCGCGGCCCGCGCGCCCCACCCGCGCCAUCGCGGCCGCCGUCGCCACAGCGACGGCAGCAGCAGCAACAACCACCACUUCGAUCCCCUUCGCCUCCACUGUGGCUGCGCCGGUGACGGCACGAAGCGGCGGCCUCCUCAGCUCGUUGCUGCUGGGCUCGGCGCCGCUGCUCGCGCUCGGCGCGGCGCCUUUGCUCGAAGGCCGACUUGGCUUCGACCUCGGCCUCGGGCAGCCGGCCAGCGCCACCGCCGCAGCCGACUUGGCCCAGCUGAGCUUCGGCGCGGGGCCGUUGCUGUGGCCCGCGACGAUCUUUGAGGGCGACCGCGCGGACACGUGGAAAGCUGCCGGCGUGUUCCCGCCGGCCGCCGCGCUCUGGCAGGAGCUCGCCGCGGCGGCGCCGGUGGAGGCCGGCGGGCUCCACGUCUCGCCGCACCUGCUGUGA